CUGCCUUCCUCAAAAUACGAUUCCAAUCUCCCUAUUGGUUCCUCGCUCAGCGGCUCUAUCCGUUCCCACAAUUCGCGUUCUGCAUCAACGCCAAGCCGGAUCAACCCUUUGACCAUAAUCCUCCCUUUGAUUAAUAUUAUAUAUACCAGCAUCCGUUCCCAGCGAGUUAUCUUCUCUCGCAAGUAUCAUACAUCAGAACUUCCUAACAUUUCUGCAUUUUUGUUCCGUGUUUGCUUCCCAUUCAUCAUGUAAAAUUAGCAUACCAACCGAACUUUUCUCCCUUUACAACUCCCAGUUUACCUGCACCACUCAACAGUCUUUUAUACCGUCAAAAUGGCGGGACUUUCACAAGAAGAUCGCGACAUUAUCAAGAACCAUCCUCUAACCAACUUAGUCGAUCGUUUACGAGGCGCGCUUCAGGAAGCUGAAAGAAUACAUGAGUCGCGUCUAAUUUAUGAUGGCGCUGAUGAGAGCCUGGACCAACUCUAUCGAAAUGUGAUUUCAAAACUCCUCUCUGCUUUACAGGGAGAGGAUGCAGCUUACAGCCUUCGCUCGCGAAUGAGUAAUGGGGAUGUGGUGUCUGAUCUAGCACACUUAGUUGAGCAUCUCCGAAAGGCACAAGGAAACUUCAAGUAUGACAACUACCGGCCGUUAGUGCACCUGGUUAUUCAAAGGCCUCCGACUGAAUCCCAGCAUGUCACAACCUGGAACUUCGAUGUCUGGAAAGCUGUAUUUAACCUCAUUGACAACAUCCCUCGAUCAACUCCUCCGGCGAGCGUUCCCCCCUCCUUUGACGGCACACCAGUCAGAUCCACCUCAUCAUCGCAGAAAGGUUCCGAGCAGACGCGUGAAUUGGUGAAUCCGAGAAUCUUUGGGGAGAUAUGUGGCUGCACAUUUCGAGAUGUCGAGGGCUUCUUUGACAAGUACUUCAAAGGGAAAGACUGGAGUGACAAAGCAGAUGCCAUCUGUCAACGCGUGCUGGCCUCAGACAGUGAUGGUGAUUGGGCCCAGUUUCCUGAUCCUCCUACACAGGACAAUGUCCUUGCCUGGUGGUUUCGUCUUCAAAAAGACCUUUUCUUGGAAUCACGCAGCACCUACUACACCACAGCAAGCAAAGCAGAUCUUAUCAGUUCUAAGGCAAAACGGCAAAUCGAUCUCCUUCUGAGAGCUAGAAGUACAACCCCCUUACAAAACAAACACAACUGGAGAGAUAUCCUGGUGGUUGGUGAGCUUAAAAAACCUGAGGAGAAGCUCAGGACCAAAGCCACAUUACUGCAGAUAGGCUGCUAUGUGCGUGAGGUCUUUGCUGCACAGCCCACCCGGCAGUUUGUCCAUGCAUUCACUGUCUGCGGGACCAAGAUGGAGGCAUGGGUGUUUGACCGCUCGGGUCCCUACAGCUCAGGCAUCAUUGACAUCUAUACAAACUCAAGACAGUUCUUUCAGGUGCUUUUGGGCUACACCAUGAUGAGUGAUGAGGAGCUGGGACUAGACACCUUUAUUGCUAGGGAUGAAGAGGGCAUCAAAUCUAUGACUGUCAAAAGACCUGGACCCUCAGAGGAAAUGGUGCUGCGGCUGGGUGAAAUGCUUUCCUUUCAACGUGCCAUUGUGUGUCGUGGGACUACAUGUUUUCUCGCAGAUGAUGGAGAGGUUGUAGUCAAAUUCUCGUGGGUAUCGGACAAGCGGCGCCCAGAGGUGGAACUUCUCAAGCUAGCAAGUAAAAAAAAUGUUCGAGGAGUUGCCAGGAUCAUUGGCCACAGUACCAUCACCAGCAUUGCCAACCUGCGCAGCGGCCUGACCUUCGACAACAAGCACCACAACUUCAAAAGUGCACCCCCCAGUACAGUCUCCUCAUUUCAUCAAUCUCAGCUGCUCACUGAACCCUGUCACUUAGAUAUCUGUCGAAAAUCAUCUUCCAGGAAACGCAGAUCUCCGGACAAAGAGGUGCAGGCAUCCAAACAAUCACGUUCUAUUAAUCAACCGUUGAGUGACACUCAGCAGGAGAAUGAACUAGCUUUCUCUAUUCAGUCAGCACAUGAGCCAAGUCUCUUCAACAGGAGUGGUGAGGAACUCUAUGACAACCGUGUCCUUCGCUGCCUUGUGAUAUCACCCGCAGGCCGGCUGAUCUACAAGUACAAAUCACCCUUGGAGCUGCUCAUGGCGCUUCGUGAUGCAAUAAAGGCGCACAGGUCUCUUUAUCUAGACGGGAACAUCCUUCAUAGGGAUAUUUCAGAGAACAAUAUAAUAAUAACUGAUCCAGACAAGGUGGAUGGUCACUCAGGCAUGCUAAUCGAUCUGGAUCUUGCCAAGGAAAUUGGGAGCGGGCGCAGUGGCGCACGCCACCAGACCGGCACAAUGGAGUUCAUGGCGAUCGAGGUGCUGCUUAAUAUCGACCACACCUAUCGGCAUGAUCUCGAAUCGUUCUUCUACGUCCUUAUCUGGCAAUGUGCCCGUCACGGUUGGGAAAAACUAGAUGAGCUACAGAGGCAAAGACAGGACCGGCCGAAAGACAGCAUGUUGAAAAAGUGGUAUAGUAGCACCUUCAGGGAUAUUGCAACUUAUAAACGAGGCAACAUGGAAGCUGGCGGAUUUGAAUACCUUCUGCAGGAGUUUCCACUGGGAUUCGAGUGCGUCAAACCUCUCUGCAGGACCAUACGAGGUGUGAUGUUUCCUCAUGGGAAGGAAGGACUUAUUGUUGGAACACCGCAAGACCCAAAAAGGCUAUAUGAUCCUAUUAUUAAGGCAUAUGAUGAUGCGAUAGCUCUGAUUGAAACCGAAUAUGAAUAA